AUGCCCCUACCACCCCACAUAGCAAAGCUCAUCAAACUGCAGCAAAUUCUGCAGCCAACCGCACGAAUAGAGCUGCCACAAAUAAUAGUAAUUGGUCCGCAGAGCAGUGGCAAGAGCAGCGUGUUAGAACGUAUCAUAGGACACGAUUUGUUGCCCAAGGGGGAUGACCUGGUCACGCGGUGUCCUGUUGUUAUCAAUCUGAGGAAUGUUGGCGAGGAUUACUGGGGAUGUGAUAAUAAGGAGAACGUGGAGAGUGGGAAUGAAUGUGGUGAUAUGAGCAGAGGAGAGUGCGGAAUGGUUCGUGGGGGGAGUGUGAAUGGAGAGAACGAGCCUGGUACGAGCAAUGCGGAUAAUACGGCUGAUACGUACAGCUCCGCGGACUGUCCUAAAAAGGGGCGCAGCAGUAAAAUUACGAGGGAGUACGCCAUGUUCUCGGAUGGCAACGAUGUUUAUGACCUGUCCGUUGUAAAGGAGGAGAUAAGACGUAAGAUGGCAUUGCUGUGCGGUAGUCGGAAAGAGAUAUCGUCACAACAAAUUAUUUUAACGUUGUAUCUGCGCAAAACGGUGCAUAUAACACUGGUAGACCUGCCCGGUCUUACCAAGGUACCGGUUGGUGCACAGCCCAAUGAGAUAGAGCAGAUAGUUGAUGACCUGAACAUGGGCUACUGCCGAAACACCAAUUCAAUCAUACUGGCCGUGAUUAACGGGUGCGUAGAUCUGGUCAACUCCGAGUCCUUGAAAAUUGCACGGCUGUGCGAUCCAGGAUACACACGAACAAUGGGUGUGGUCACCAAGCUUGAUCUGGUGGAUGACAGGCAGUCAAUACGCACCAUACUGGAGAACACGAAGAUAAAACUAGGACUGGGCUAUGUGGGCGUAAUAAACAGGAACACGAAGGCGUUGCACAGCGUGAGCAUGGAGGAACAUGCAAAGCGAGAAAAGGGAUUCUUCAGGACAAGGUUCAACGCUUUUUAUCCGCGUAUAGGCACGCUGUACCUGAUAGAACGGGUGUAUGACACGUUCAAGGAGAAGACGCGGGCAUUUCUCGGUGAGCUACGCGAUACGCUGGAAAUGGAGAACAGCAGGCUGAGAGAGAUGGAAAGGAACGAUAUAACGUACUUCUAUCGAAUGGUUGAUGAAUAUGUUCACCAUGUAUGCCUCAAGCUGAAGAAUGAGCACAGUGCCGGUCAGCUGCUCAGUGAUGAGAUCAAUUUGAAGGCGUACGCCAAGCUGGCGGAUCUGCACGUAACUAUCGAAAUGAAGAACGUUUUUCUGAACGAAGCACAGUUCAUGCACUACAUAAGGAGAAAGACAGACCAUCUGCACGUGCAGAUCGUAGGCAGGGUUGGCAAAGUGUGCGAUGCGGUGAAGAUGUACGUGGAAAGUGUACGGAACGGUGAAAGUGUGCAUGAGCAUGGUGAAGAUGUGCGGGUGGACAGAAAAGGCUUUUUCAGUUUGUUUUCACCCAUACGGUUCCUUGCCGAGAAGGGGCGGGUGUGCGAUGAUCCGAAGCCUUCGCCCGUGCAUUUCCUUGCCGAGAGGGGGGGGAUAAGCGAUAACACGGGUGAAACAACCGACCCGUUCCUCAGUGCCCUUGACAACGAUCUGAGGGCAAAAGUCAUUCUCAAGCUUAACGAGGCAGCAGCAGCAAUGCUCAGCACACAAAGAACAAAAUUCAUACAAAACAUCGACCAAUACUUCCGGAUACAGCAGUCAUACGUAGACGUAGACCACCCUGACUUUAACACACCAACAGUGAGCCACAGCAUAUUCGAACGCAAGAAGGAUAUGCUGGGCAUGUCCCUUGAUCUCAUGACCACGUAUGUAAAUGCGUAUUACGGCAUUGUUAAGAAAGAAAUUGAGCAUUACUUCGUUAAGAGCAUGUUUUUUUACUUCGUAGAUUUUUUCAGGACGGAGUUUAGGAUGGCGAUGCUGAGACGAUCUGAGGAGUUCAAGUUUGUGUGUGAGAGCGGGGAAGCAGGGGACAGAGUAAAGGAGAAUGAACGAUUGCUGAGGAUAAUUAGGAAGGGCUAGUGUUGGUGCACGCUACGGGUGUCGUUGUGGAGGACAUGCACUUACGUAUGAGGGGAGGAGACCACAUAUAAACAGCUGAUUGUAGGGUGUGAUUGAUUUGAAUGAAAGAGAUGGCACGCCGUACGUAUAGAGGUAUGCUAUGGCAAGUGAAAGCGUCUUUUUUUACUUUUUAGAGCGGAUCUACCACGUAAUCGUUAAUUCGUG